CUCGCCAUGGCGUCGUGUCUCUGCUCUCUCAGUAACAGAAAGUGGCCGCCUCUCUGCUGUUGCUGCCGACUCAAAGCUCACAGACUCGGUCGGCGCCUGAAACCGCCAUUUUGGAGUCAGAGAACCGAGAGUCGGCAGCAGCGAAGAGAGAGACGAAAAGGGGGACACGGGGCCGAGGGGGUUUCACCUUUGUCUGAUCAUAAAUCCUGGAAUCAAGAACAAUGGCAUCCCUUACUGAGAAGUAAAAGUUGCUGCCCUGCUGGGCAGAGGUGUCUGUGCUGAAUGGCGUCAGGGCAGGGAGGCCGGCUGGAGGUUGGGGCAUCAGGGAGCUCUUGCCUGGCCAAACCUCUGUACCUGCAGCGGUUGGAAAGAACCUUGAGGUUGGACAAUUUCCUGCGCCAGACAGCUACCAUCUUCAACAGAGACAUAACCAGCGAUGACAGCGAUGACAGCGAUGACAGCGAUGGUGCUUUGGGAACAGGGCUGUCCCUGGACCCCUCCACUCAGCAUACAGCUUUGACUGUAAAGAGUGAGCCAUGUGAGCAAGGGGAUGGGUUGGCAGAGGGGAAGCCCCUUAACGGAGUUCUGCUGCAAGGUAAAGAUCAAAAGGCAGAUAAAACUAGCUUCUACAAUUUCUCCAAGCUGAAGAAGAACAGGAAAUGGCUUAAGAGUAUCCUGUUGAGUGACGACACCACAGACUCUGACACAGACUCAGAUGACUCUGACUUCAGUUUGUCUCGGGAGGAGCUACAUGACAUGCUGAAGCUACAUCGCUUCACCAGGCAGCAUCAGAGCAAGUUCCACUCUGACCGGGAGCUUCACCAAUAUCAGUAUUACAGCACUGGACUCCUCUCUACUCAUGACCCCUUCUAUGAGCAACAGCGCCACCUACUUGGCCCAAAGAAGAAGAAAAUCAAAGAUGAGAAAAAAUUCAAGGCCAAACUGAAAAAGGUGAAGAAAAAGAAGAAACGGGGAGAGGGAGAGUUUCUGGAUGAAGGCCGUCCAUAUGUCACCAAGAUCUUUGCGAAGUUCUCCCAUGAUGCUCCGCUGCCCAUGGUGAAGAAGAAACAUCUCACCAUUGAUCAGCUGAAUGCACGCCGACGUAAGGUCUGGCUCACCAUUGCUAAAAAGGAGAUCCCCAAGACUUUCAAGCAGAAGACCUCAGCUAAGAACUUAGUAUUGACCAAUGCUAAAAAGUUGGCUCAUCAGUGCAUGAGAGAGGUUCGCCGUGCAGCUAUCCAGGCCCAGAAGAACUGCAAGGAGACGUUACCUCGGGCUCGCCGCCUCACCAAGGAGAUGAUGCUUUACUGGAAGAAAUACGAUAAAGUGGAGAAGGAGCACAGGAAGAGGGCAGAGAAGGAGGCUCUGGAGCAACGUAAACUGGACGAAGAAAUGAGAGAAGCAAAGCGUCAGCAGCGUAAACUGAAUUUCCUCAUCACCCAGACAGAGCUGUAUGCUCAUUUCAUGAGCGGUAAAGCCAGCAUGGGGGGUCCAGAGGGAGAUACAGCCCAGGAGGAAAUUCUGAGAAUGCUGGAAGACACUGCAGCACAGAGACAGAUUGACAUUGGAGGGGGCGUAAUGGUCAACAUGGGACAGGAGGACUAUGAUAGUGAACACUACAAGUCCCAGGCCUUGAGGAAUGCCAAGGAAGCCUACCAGAUUCAUCAAGAGCGAACGCGGAUGUUUGAUGAGGAGGCUAAGGACAGUCGUAGCGCGUCACUACACGCAGCUUGUGGCUCUUCCUCCGGCUCUGGGUUUGGAGAGAGCUACAGCCUUUCCAACCCAUCUAUCCAUGCAGGUGAAGAAAUUCCUCAGCCCACCAUCUUCAACGGCAAACUCAAGGGUUACCAACUCAAGGGCAUGAACUGGCUGGCCAACCUCUAUGAACAGGGAAUCAAUGGAAUCCUGGCAGAUGAGAUGGGACUGGGGAAGACAGUCCAGAGUAUCGCCCUGUUGGCACACCUAGCGGAGAGAGACAACAUCUGGGGUCCAUUCCUGAUCAUCUCUCCUGCAUCCACACUCAACAACUGGCACCAGGAGUUCACCCGCUUUGUCCCCAAAUUCAAGGUGUUGCCAUACUGGGGGAAUCCUCAUGAUCGCAAGGUGAUUCGGAAAUUUUGGAGCCAGAAAACCCUUUACACACAAAACGCACCAUUCCACGUGGUCAUCACAAGCUACCAGCUGGUUGUCCAGGACGUCAAGUACUUUCAGAGAGUCAAGUGGCAGUACAUGGUUCUGGAUGAGGCCCAGGCGCUGAAAAGCAGCACCAGCGUUCGGUGGAAAAUCCUUUUGCAGUUCCAGUGUCGAAACAGACUGCUGCUCACCGGGACGCCAAUCCAGAACACCAUGGCAGAGCUCUGGGCCCUGCUGCACUUCAUCAUGCCUACAUUGUUUGAUUCCCAUGAAGAGUUUAACGAGUGGUUCUCCAAGGACAUCGAGAGCCACGCUGAAAACAAGUCAGCCAUUGAUGAGAACCAACUUUCCAGACUGCACAUGAUCCUUAAGCCUUUCAUGCUGCGCAGAAUCAAGAAGGAUGUGGAAAACGAGCUCUCAGACAAGAUUGAGAUCCUAACCUACUGUCAGCUGACGUCUCGGCAGAGGUUGCUCUACCAGGCUCUGAGGAACAAGAUCUCUAUUGAGGAUCUGCUGCAGUCCUCUAUGGGCACGGCCCAGCAGUCCCACAGCACCACUUCCUCCCUCAUGAACUUGGUGAUGCAGUUCAGGAAGGUGUGUAACCACCCUGACUUGUUUGAGCGCCAGGAGACACGCUCUCCUUUCCACAUGUCCCUCAAGCCCUACGUCAUGUCUAAGUUUCUCUACCGCCAUGGCCUCAUCCAUGCACAGAACCAGGCCAAAAACAAAUUACUUCAAGUGCUGUUGUCUCCGUUCUCUCCAAAUAACAUCCAGCAGUCUCUUUUUCACAGAAAAGGUGAUGACAAAGGAAGCUGUUUCUCCUUCCUGCGUUUCAUCGACGUGUCGCCAGCUGAGAUGUCCAAUCUCAUGCUGCAAGGCACCUUAGUGAGAUGGUUAGCCCUUUUUCUGUCCCUCAAAGCUGCAUAUCGGCUCCACUAUCAGCGCCUGUUUGGACUUGAAGAAGAAGGUCAGGAGGAAACCAGAGACUUGGAGGGGGAUGAAGGCAGGUCACAGCCCCGGAGUAAGUGUCUUUCUCGCAAGGAGCUACUUCUGUGGCUGAACAGACCUGCCCAUUUCCCCAACACGCACACCAGCACUGUCCUACAGGACCUGGUGUUCACAGCCUUAAGGCCCGGGAUGAUGGGACACACCGACGUGAUGAUCCACAGUCGAAACUCUGCCACCUCCUCGUUACGGCCCUGCCAGCCCACACUGCCACCCAAGUUUCUGCUAGCUGCCACUCCAAGGGUGACAGCAGUUCCCAUGGAGCGUUAUUGCAACGACCGCAGUGCAGAGUACGAAUGGCGGGUGACACGUGCUGGAGGGGGCACAAUCUUCAAACAGUGUUUCCUCUACGGCUCCCCUGAACUUGCCUCAGACUGGUGUAGGAGGGCCAAUGCCUUCCACCCACAAAGCCCUGGGGGUGUGAUGGCCCUCUACCCACGGCAUGGAUGGUCCUUCAUUCGGAUACCUGAUAAGGAGAGCCUGAUUACGGAAAGUGGCAAGCUCCACACCUUGGAUAUCUUGUUGAGUCGGCUAAAGGCCCAAGGACACAGAGUCCUCAUCUACUCCCAAAUGACCCGCAUGAUUGACCUGCUGGAGGAGUACAUGGUUUACCGUAAGCACACCUACAUGCGGCUCGAUGGGUCCUCCAAGAUUUCUGAGCGUAGAGACAUGGUGGCUGACUUCCAGAGCCGGACGGAUAUCUUUGUCUUUCUGCUGAGUACCAGGGCUGGAGGUCUCGGCAUUAACCUGACUGCUGCUGACACUGUCAUCUUCUAUGACAGUGACUGGAACCCCACAGUAGACCAGCAGGCCAUGGACAGAGCUCACAGGUUGGGUCAGACCAAGCAGGUCACUGUCUAUCGCCUCAUUUGUCAGGGUACCAUCGAGGAGAGGAUCCUGCAGCGUGCCAAGGAGAAAAGCGAGAUCCAAAGGGUGGUGAUCUCUGGAGGCAACUUCAAACCGGACACACUCAAACCCAAAGAGGUGGUCAGCCUGCUUUUGGAUGAUGAUGAGCUGGAGAAGAAACUGCGUCAGAGACAGGAGGAGAAGAGGCAACUGGAGGAGAGCAGCAAGGUGAAAGAGCGCAAGAGAAAAAGGGAGAAGUAUGCCGAGAAGAAGAAGAACGAGGAGUCGGAGAACAAGAGGAAAAAGGAGGUGAACCUGGUCAUCUCUCAUGCGCCUUCAGCCGACAACUCCAACCUCUCUGCAGAUGGAGACGACUCCUUCAUCAGUGUAGAGAUGGACUCGGCCAUGCCCAGUCCUUUUAGUGAGAUCUCCCUGAGCAGCGAGCUCCAGCCUGGCUCUUUACCCCCGGAUGCUGACGCGGACGAGAGCAGCAGCGACAUGCUGGUCAUCGUGGAUGAUCCUGUGUCCUCUGCGCCGCAGUCCCGUGCCACCAACUCCCCCUCCUCUGUGACUGGAUCAGUCUCUGACAAUAUGAAUGGGCUCUCUGCAUCCAGUCCCCUGCAGCCUUCCCUGGGCCGGUCUGGUACCAGCCCAGCCUUCAACCCCAGCAGAAGCUCCUCUCCCCAGGCCAAAGGAGGCGCCUCCACCCCGAGCCCCCACAAACAGCUGGCCCACAGCCACCACCACAGCAGCCACGGGGCAGUCAGGAAAGGCAAGGGCCCUGGUGGUCCUGGGGCUCGAUAAUGCACUCAUACACACUUGAAUGUGGCCUCACACACGCACAACUGUCUCAAUAUAGAACACACACACAUACAGAUAACUGACCUACUCUCACUGUGAUCCCCACAGACGCCCUACACCUAGACUGAAUAGGGAAUAUACAGUAACUGAGGCUCACUACCUAGAGGACCAUGCUGUGUCUGCUGGCUCAGCAACUAAAAGGACCCUCCUCACACCUACACACACACACGCGCGCACACACACACACACACACAAUCAUUUGAAGGUACAGUCCCUACCAGCCUCCCCAUUUCCUCGGUUCAGUUUUAUUUGAAUGUGUCCGGGUCGGUGGACAAAAUCUGCCUUGAGUGUUUUUGUUCGCAUUGUGACAUGAGUAUUUCCAAGUGCUUUCUGAGAAGACAAAACUGUACUUUUCUAUCCAUGACAGGAAGCUCUUUUGAUGUGCUACUUAGGUGUGAUUUUACAACAGGCGUGAACCAACGCAUGUAGCGUAAAGGGCUUUGAAAUCCUUGCGAUUGCCAGGUUAGGGAGGCAAAGGAGUUUCGGUCAAAUGCACUGAGCCGCGUCUUCCGUUUUUUGAUGUUAUCGAUUCUCAUACACGUACAUUAGGUUAUUUAAUUGUUCUGUAGAUAUGCUCAAUGCAAACUGGUGGAAGAUUCUGCAUUUCACAGAGCUUAAUGUGAACCCAUACCUUACCAACCCACACUUUACCAAACAAUAUGUCUACAGCUUUUCUACUAAAGCUCUUAUUUUUGUAAUAAAGAUGCCAGUACCCAUACAAACAUGGCAGGUCUCAGCAUCUUGAAAAAUUUCUUGUCCAUAAAAUGUUUUCCCGCACAGAAGGAAAUGAAAAUUGAUUAUAUAUUUUUUGUCCAAUGGGUAAAUGAAUGAAUGAUGAUGAAAAAAACGUAUAUUCCAAAAUGAGGGGGCACCAGUUGAUGCUGCUAACAGUAAAUCUAUGAAUUCACUCAGAUUAUUUGGUUGUCUAAUAUUUAAGUUAUUUGAGUUAUGUUAAAAAUGGGCAAUUCACGAUAGUUGCGAAUGGGAUGUUCAGCUGUUAAACAGUGUAAAUUGUAUUGAAGCCAUUUUUUACUUUUCAGAAAUUGUUUUUGUGAUGAGAAGUCUGUGGUUCUCUUUGAUGUCAUUGAUGUUUUAGGAAAAAAAACAAAAAAAAAGAUUUGCAUCAGUGUCCUGAGUUGAGCACUACAUCUGUUAUAGGUUUUGUUUGUUUUGUGUUAAUAGUGUGAUUAAAAUAUGCUGUUCUAUAUUGAUGUACAUAAUGAUGAGAGCGACAUUUCCUCUGGCUUUUCCCUCAUUUGCCUGUCUAUUUUUAUAGGUCAUGUGUACAUAUGAAGAAAUGCAUCAGCCAUUUUACUAACAGGAGGAGCCAAAUGAAAAUAAAGGAGUGCUAAAUCAGUC